AAAGUAGAGACUUGGGGGCUAACCAGACCAGACAGCUGUGAGGUCAUGGUAAGUCACUGGAGUGUCACUUGUUUGGCAGCACUAGCUCUGCUAUGCUGCUUGGCUAGCAAGGAAGCAGAGGCACAGAAGAAUCCUCAAAUGCCUCAGUAUCCCCAGAAACCUCAGAUGCCUCAGUACCCUCAGCAACCUCAGAUCCCUUACCCUCAACUUCAGAACCCUCAGCAACGUCAGAACCCUUACCCUCAACCUCAGAACUCUCAGCAACCUCAGAUCCUUUACCCUCAACCUCAGAACUCUCAGCAACAUCAGAGCCCUUACCUUCAACAACCUCAGAACCCUUAUCCUCAACCUCAGAACCCUCAGCAACCUCAGAACCCUCAGCAACCUCAGAACCCUUACCCUCAACCUCAGCAACGUCAGAACCCUUUCACUCAACCUCAGAACCCUCAGCAACCUCAGAACCCUUACCCUCAACCUCAGAACCCUUACCCUCAACCUCAGAACCCUCAGCAACCCCAGAACCUCUACCCCCAGCAACCUCAGAACCCUUACCCUCAACCUCUGAACCCCCAGCAAGCUCAAAAUCCCCAGCAACCUCAGAACCCUUACCCCCAGCAACCUCAGAAUCUUUACCCUCAGCAACCUCAGAACCCCCAGCAACGUCGACCUCUGAUCCCCCAGCAACCUCGACCUCAGAACCCCCAGCAAUUGCCAUAUGAUGCUUUAAAGCCUCAGUACCCUCCAUAUCCUAAGCCCCAAAUGCCUAUGAAACCUCAGUAUCCUCGGCCACAGAUGCCUCAAGCAACCAGCAUUCCCCCCAUGAGACCACAUGACCCUUUGAUUCCCAGCCCUACAAGGUGUGAUGUGCCAACAGUUUCAAGAGUACCAUGUGGAGCUCCAGACAUCACUGCCACUGAAUGUGAGGCCAGAGAUUGUUGCUUUCAAGGCCAGUCUUGCUACUUUGGAAAAGGAGUGACAGUCCAGUGUACCAAGGAUGGCCAAUUUAUUGUUGUUGUAGCCAAAGACGUCACCCUGCCCCACAUUGACCUUGAAACAAUCUCACUGUGGGAAGGAGGUCCAGGCUGUACACACGUUGACUCUAAUUCUAUUUUUGCUAUCUAUUUCUUUCCUGUUACUGCCUGUGGCACUGUUGUCAUGGAGGAGCCUGGAGUUAUAAUCUAUCAGAACAGUAUGACAUCUUCCUAUGAAGUGGGCAUUGGGCCUCUUGGAGCUAUUACCAGGGACAGCAGCUAUGAAUUAAUCUUCCAGUGUAAGUACAUUGGCACCUCAGUUGAAACUCUGGUGGUCGAAGUUCUGCUGUUGGAUAAUCCUCCUCUGCCAGUUGCUGUUGGUCUCGGACCCAUCAGAGUGGGUCUGAAGUUGGCCAAUGGCCAGUGCAUUACAAAGGGUUGCAACGAUGUGGAUGCGGCCUACACCUCUUACUAUCAGGACUCAGACUAUCCUGUUGGCAAAGCACUGAGAGAUCCAGUGUAUGUGGAAGUUCAGCUGCUUAACAGGACAGAUCCCACACUGGUUCUGACUCUUGGACGCUGUUGGGCAACUACAAGCCCCAACCCUCAUAGCCUGCCCCAGUGGGACAUUCUGAUUAAUGGAUGUCCAUAUGAAGAUGAUCGUUACCUCUCCACACUGGUUCCAGUGGGUCCUUCAUCUGGUCUGGAAUUUCCAACUCACUACCGACGUUUCAUUUUCAAAACGUUUACCUUUGUGGACACCAAUUCAAUGGAACCCCUAAGAGAAUACGUGUACAUUCAUUGUAGCACAGCUGUGUGCGUUCCAGGAUAUGGUGUAAGCUGUGAACCAUUAUGUCACACGAUAGGAAAGAGAGACACAAAGGCUUCAGAGGAGAGGAAGGUUGAACCAAAGGUUGUGGUUUCAUCUGGACAAGUGAUUAUGACUGUCCGGCAGGAGUGAGCAGAGACAACCUAAGCAAUUCAACCAGGAACAUUUAGAAAAAACACUUUAAAAAUUAAUGCAGUUCUUGAACAGUUAAAAAAAAAGUAACUAUGUAUUUCUAAGUAAAUGAUCGCACAAUAUAUGACCAGCAGUUGAUUCAGUUUUGAAGACAGGAUGAUUGGUUCUUGUUAGUCCUUCAUAUAAAAGUUGUUUACUUGACAACAGGUUUAAAGUUGUAUUUAGUAGUUUCAUUGUACGAGUUUGAAUUGUUGUAUGAAUUCUCCAAAUAUGUCAAGCAUGAAAAAGCCAAACGGCAUCGCAGGAGCACCCCAAGUUUAAAAAGUAAUAGUUUAAAACUUCUGUUGACAAACUGCAUGAAUUAAAAUGUAAAAAAAAAAUAAAAAAAAUCAACAUAUUGAUAUUUGUAAAUCCAAUUAAACAAAAUGUAACAAAAGUUGAAGAUAGAAGAGUUGCUACAAAAUUUUUUUAUAUAUACAUUGAAAAAAACUAUUUUACAUGUAAAUUAGGUGCAGGGGGAUCAAUAUUCUUGCUACUGUGACUGAACAAAAUAAACAUUCAGAAGCAAACAAAACCAGAGGAUCUGAUUUUUAAAAGGUUACUGUGACCCAAAGAGUCAACAAAAUAGAGUAAAAAAGUUAUGUAAACCUCUCUGGUUGGAAGACCUUGGCUGUUGAUUAUUUUGCAUGAGUUUGAGCCGGUCAUUGACAACAGGACAUGGUAAGACCCAUAUGCCUCUGCAAACAGCACUUGUACACCUGGAGUUUCACCUGUUUCACAGCACAGACACUGGGACAGAUCAAGGACAGUCAGCGGUGGCUUUCUGCCCAGGUCAGAGGGCACCACAAGAGAAGUAAUAAAUGUAAGUGUUGCAUACUGAAGGUUUUUCAGUAAUUUAAUCAUAUAUCAAGUUAACCGAGAAGACUAAUGGGUUAUUUCUGCUUCUCACAGAUUUCAUUUGACCCUCUUUGGUUUGCAAUUUUACAUUUAAUCUUUCAGUGCAAACAAACUCUUUAAACACAAUUUGAGAUUCAAAAAACAUUUAUUUCAUUUAGGAAAACAUAUAAAACAGCAUUUUCACAGUAAUUUGGCUUGUGAACCAUCUUAAGCUAAAACAGAAGUGAAAAGCGCAAUACACAGACGGGUCAAACAAGAACUUAAGUAAGAACUACGAUG